CCAAAUAUGACUGCUGCGCUUUUGCUUAGUCAUCUCUCUCACGUCUACUCGCACUGCCCGUGUUUCUACCUAUUCUCGUCCAUCCUUUUACUGCGUGUUGCUGCGAUCUCAGCGCUUACCUCGUCUUUUCCAGUGCUUAUUGAGGCUGCUCUCUCGUCUUUUUGGCCUCUGUCUUUUUCUUUUCUUACCCUUAGUUUGACCGGGUGUCCGAUAGUUCGCACCGGCUCGGCGGCCAUAUAUCCGACCGCCAGCUCGCAUCCGCCAUGUCGCAUUCACUAUAAGUGCCAGUCAAGCCUUUUCUUUUCAGCUGAGGCCCGGAUGUCAUACUGUUCUUGGCUGGGUUCUUUUGGCCGGGGUACUUCACUGCUGAGAUGCCGGUUCCUGAAGUGAUUCGCGUCCUCCCCUGAUCCCGCGCUCUGGACCGAUUAUCACGGCCCGCCUAGCUCAAUCGGAUAGAGCGUCAGACUCUUAAGUUGUUCAAGGCGGCGGUAACAGAUCUGAAGGCUGCG